AUGGAGCGCAAGCAGCAGCGGCAGCAGGACGGCGGCGAUGGUGGCGGUGGUGCAGCAGCAGACCACGUCAUGACCGCGUCCUCCGAGGAGGAGGGCCGCCUCCUUGCGCUUUGCGAGCCUGACCUUGCCGCUCCCGACCACCACCCGCGAAACAAACGCCGCGCGGGAGAGUUCGACCCACACCUCCUCUCCCGCCUGGCCUCCCUCACCACCGCUGCCGCCACUGUGGCACCUCCCGUCGGCACCCAAGAUGCCGCCGAAGGCCUUCCUCCUCCUGCUGUGGCCUCUGGUGGUGCCGGCGGCGGCGGCGGCGACGACGACGAGUGGUUGGCGUUCCCCGUGGUGCCCACCCACGCGCCAAACUGGGAGGGUGUGUCCACCUUCCCCCCACCCGCGCCCUCUGCGGUGUCGGCGUCGUCUCCAUUGCCUGGAGGCCUCCAUGCAAGUGCCUCGGCGUCCAUGACGACGACGACAACGACGACAACAACGACGAUGGGCAGCGCCGUGUCUUCUUCGUCGUCGCCGUCGGUGCCUACGACCGCGGGUAGAGGCAGAUCGGCGCGGCGCUAUUCCAUCGCCGUGGGCUCUACGGCUCUGCGUGAUCACCUGGGCGGCGGCGGCGGCGGCCCCCGCCCUGCGCCGCAGCUGGCCUCCGCUGCCUCGGCCGCUGUGGUGAGAUGGCCUCCUUCCUCGGGCGGCACCACCACCAACGCGAUGGUGGGCACAGCGCCGCCGCACAGGGGCCGGGCACCCACGGGACCUCUCCCUCUCUUGCCUACUCCCGCCCUGACCGCCACCGCCGAUCUGCGCAAGGAGAGGAACAACAAGGGCGAGGCGGACUACCAGAAGCUUCGGGAGCUUGCCCUCAAGGAGGACUUCGAUGACCUGGAGAAGCGGCAGGCGCUCUACAAGGCCGGGCGGGACAAGCUCGGAAGGCAGGUGGUGGUCUUCACUUUGUACAACCUGGGCGAGAAGGUCGACUUCGAGCGACUCCUGCUCUACAUCAUCAAGGUCAUGGACAAGCUGGUGGAAGAAGAGUACGCGCUGGUCUUCUGCCAGACGCACAUGACCACCGCCCACCGCCCGCCCUUCACCUGGCUCCGCAAGGCCUACGGCAUGUUCCAGCGCAAGUACAAGAAGAACCUCAAAGCGGCCUACAUCAUCCACGCCUCGACGCUCGUGCGCAUGACCCUCAAGCUCUUCAAGCCCUUCAUCUCCAGCAAAUUUUGGAAGAAGCUUGUCUACAUCGACCAAGUCACCGAUAUCUACCAGUACAUCCGCCCGGACCAACUUACGCUGCCGGACGAGGUGCUCACCUUCAAUCGCGAGAGCCGCGCCACCCCCUUGUUCGGCCUUCCGCUGGCGGCUGGGUGCGCGCGUAACCCCACGACCUCGCUGCUGCCCAUCGUGUGCGAGCGCGCCUUCGAAGUGCUCGACACUCGCGGGGUGGAGCUGGAGGGCAUAUUCCGAGUGUCUGGCAGCACGGCUCUGCUGAACGAGCUCAAGCAGCGUUUCGACCGAGGGGAAGACGUGGAUCUGGGCUUCGCGGAAGUGCAUACGGUGGCGGGUCUGCUGAAGCUCUACCUUCGAGAACUGCCCGAACCACUCAUGACUUUCCGCCUCUACGAGCCCUUCAUCACCGCAGUGCGGCGAAGUCGCGAGUGGACGGAUAUAGGGGACGAGGUAGCAGCGCUGGUGCGGGAGUUGCCAACGGAGAACUACAUCUUGAGCGCGCGGCUCUACACCCUGCUGGGGCGAGUUGCCGAGAAUGCGGACAAGAAUCUCAUGAACGUCAACAACUUGGCCAUCGUGGUCGGACCCAAUGUACGUGAUGCGAGCACCCCCCGACGCGCCCGCCGAUCGCCUGAUCGUGGACGCCGGGGCAGUCAAUACGCUGGUCAAACUCCUCGUCCAGCACUGCCGCACGCUCUUCCCACCUGA